AUGCCGACCCGCGCACGGGGAUACAGCAGGAGGGGUCCUAAUGCCGACCCGCGCACGGGGAGUCAGAGGGGUCCUAAUGCCGACCCGCGCACGGGGAGUCAGCGGGGUCCUAAUGCCGACCCGCGCACGGGGAGCCAGCGGGGUCCUAAUGCCGACCCGCGCACGGGGAGCCAGCAGCGGGGUCCUAAUGCCGACCCGCGCACGGGGAGUCAGCAGCGCGGUCCUAAUGCCGACCCGCGCACGGGGAUACAGCGGGGUCCUAAUGCCGACCCGCGCACGGGGAUACAGCUGGGUCCUAAUGCCGACCCGCACACGGGGAGCCAGCGGGGUCCUAAUGCCGACCCGCACACGGGGAUCCAGCGCGGUCCUAAUGCCGACCCGCGCACGGGGAGUCAGAGGGGUCCUAAUGCCGACCCGCACACGGGGAUACAGCUGGGUCCUAAUGCCGACCCGCGCACGGGGAGUCAGAGGGGUCCUAAUGCCGACCCGCACACGGGGAUACAGCUGGGUCCUAAUGCCGACCCGCGCACGGGGAUCCAGCGCGGUCCUAAUGCCGACCCGCACACAGGGAGCCAGAGGGGUCCUAACGCCGACCCGCACACGGGGAUCCAGCAGGGUCCUAAUGCCGACCCGCGCACGGGGAGUCAGCGGGGUCCUAAUGCCGACCCGCGCACGGGGAGUCAGAGGGGUCCUAAUGCCGACCCGCACAGGGAUACAGCGGGGUCCUAA